AUGAAUCAGGGAUACGCUGUUGACAUUGUCAUGAAGGCCAUAUCAUCUCUUCGUUCCGUGUUCCACCAAUCUAUCCAUGUCCACCGACGACCCCUGUCUCUUACUACGACAGUUAAGAGAUGGAUGGGAGGCCAGUUACCAGGGCAACACUCCCAGGAGUUAGCCGCAAGGACCAAGGCGGCUUACUCUCCGUUUGAAACAUUAAACAAAUACGAGAACCACGUGGAUAUGUUUUCCUUGGACUAUCUUGGACUUGGUCAAAACGAGGAACUUAACCGGGUGCACGCCGACGCGAUUCUCCGUCACGGUAUGGACCGAAUCUGUUCCUGCGUUGUCUCACAUCCAGUCGAUUCUCCCGUUAAGGAUACAGAGAGGGCCUUGGCGCGGUGGCUGAAGAGCAAAAGUGCUGCCCUCACCUACUCCUGCACAGCAGCAAACAUUGGAGCCAUGGAGAUAUUGCUCAAAGGAAACCAGCGACCAGUCUUUGUUGAUCACUUUGCUCAUGCAACAUUAAAACUCGGGGUGACCGUUGCUGGUGCUGCGUCGAGAUUGCAGGUGUUUCAACACAAUGAUCUGGAUCACCUCCGGUCAUUGAUAGGAAAAACAGGGAGCGGAGUGGUAGUCGUGGACUCGAUUUACAGCACUAACGGGGAGGAAGCACCGAUGGCCGACUUGGUAGACUUGUGCCACGACCUUGGUUGCAUCCUCGUCGUAGACGAGAGCCAUGCACUUGGCAUAAUAGGGGAGCAAGGUGAAGGUUUAGUCGCCCAUCUUGGUCUCGAAGACGGCGUUCAUGUAAGAACCACAUCCUUAUAUAAAAGCCUUACCUGUGAAAACGGCAUCAUUGCCAGCACCCGUAACGUCACUGAAUGUUUCAACCACGCUACAACGUUAGGCAUAUUCAGCAACACUAUUCAAAUUUCGGGCGCCGUCAGAGUGAAAAAAGCAAUGGAGUUGGCAAUGGAGGCAACUGAACAGAGAGAGAAUUUGCGAAACCUGUCUAAAUCAUUUCGACAACAGCUUAAAGAAGCUGGGUUCCCAGUUAGGACCGACAUCGACCACCCCAUAGUAUCUGUUGUUGUCGGUGAGAUGGAGAGGGCGGUAGAAAUACACCACUAUCUGUGCUCUAAGGGGAUAUACCCUUGGGUUUUCUUUUAUCCGGCGACCCCAAAAGAGGGAGCCAUGGUGAGAUUUGUUAUCAACCAAUAUUUGACCCCAGAAAAACUCGCCUACACCGUUGAAACAAUGAAAAAUCUCAGAGACGACCUGAAGUAG